AUGGCCCACGGUUUGCACUUAAUUUUUCUCACAUUAUCAUUAUGUAUUUCUACGCUUUACAGUCAGUUACCAAAGAAAGGAAAAUACUACGCUAUUAAGGAGGAUAUUCCUCACAUCAAAUGUGAAACAUGUCAAAAGGCGGUUAAGUAUUUAUAUGGCAAAACCCAUGAUAUGCGGACAGCUGAGGGGACAUCAAAACCGAAAAGGGUAUGUCUGACAUUAUAUUUGCGCCAAUUUUUUUGUCUUACUGCCGGCGCACUUUCGGAAAAGAAAAUUAUGAUGGAAUCGUGAGCCGCAGAAGCAUUUCUUUUCCGCUAAUGACCGAUACAUAGACAUAUUUUAUGCCAACGUUGUGCAUUUAAACAUUUAAAAUUCACACCAGUUUAUUUGCAUUUCCACACUGACACUCUCAUUUUUUAGUCAAAUUCAUGCCCAUUAUUCCAUUAUUCCCAUUAUUCCAUUAUACCCAGCUCAGGGUGGAUAUUCUUUGUUAAACCUUUUUUACAUAAAACUUUUGGAGUAACUGCAGAAUACCAAGCCUCUUUGGUCCACCUCAUUUACAUGUGUCGGGAGGCUAUGAAGAUCGAAGCAUACACAAUAGACGCUAUUCUUAAUCAAUGACAUGUAAAUGAAUGGCAGGGUGUUCUGCAGUUUAGCCAAAAUUUUUGUUUUCAUAUAAACUUGAGAACUAUUUUCUUGAAUUUGAGAAAAAAAGUUUCAAUAGCUGUAAUGUAUUACAUUUUUUUUAUUUCUGAGUCAAUACUGCUUUUCACAGACAUAGUGAAAAUGAACUUUGUUGUCAUUGUGUGCAGCAGGGAGUCGUUGAGUUUAUUAAUAAUUCCAUCAGUUCUGUUAUUUGAUUAUUUCUGUUUGGUUCAAAUAAUUUCUUCAUGAAUGAUUUAAUAAAUCCAGAUGUAGUCCAUUGAUAUGUUUGAAGUCUUCUAAGAAGUGACCCAGUAAGAUGAAGGAAUGAUGAAUUUAUUUAUGAACUAACUAGAAUUAGGGCCAAAGAGCCUGUUAUAUUUUCCUUCCUCAGUUUGAGUACCUGGAUCCUUAAAAAUAAUACAUGUAAAUUAUCUCCCUCUUCUGUUGUUCAAAAGUGAUGUUAAUAAUGCUAGAUGUCUACUAAGAAAAUAUCCUGGAAAAAGAUAUUUGAGAUCAUUUAACUUCUUUUAAUAGAUAGAAGGGUUGAUUGAAAAUAACUUAAGAAAUGUCUGUUCUGUUUUUUUUUUUUUUUUUUUUUUUUUUUUUUUUAGCAAGUGUUGCAAUUCACAAGAUCUGUGAAAUAUCAUAAUGCCAGUUUGUUAUAUUGUCUUAUUUUUUAAGAUAUCUAUACUGAUCAAGACCCAGCCAAUUGUAUUUUAUUUGUUUUGGUUCAGCUCUGGAAUUUUUUUAGUGGAUGAGUAUGUUCAACUUUAAUUAACUGUUUUUUUUACACUUUAUUUUUUACUGAAAUACUUUUUAAAAUAUAUUUAUUAAUUAAUUUUUUUGACAGAUGUCUGUUAUUUAAAAUUUCAAAUUGAAGAAAUUUUCAGACAAGAGGUAUAAAAUAUAUAUAAGUGAACACUAUCAGUCUUUGUUAUUCUGUUUAUUCUAGAUUAGUAGGGUGUCAUGAAAAGGGAAAGGAAAAAUGAAAAAUUCAGAGAUUCAACAGGGUUUUCCAUCCUCUGUGUGAAUUGAUUCUCAAAUUUAUGAAUGAAGUUUAACAUUGUGGUGUUGCAUUUGAUGCCUUGGAAAAUUUACUAACUAAAGGUGGUUUACAUUUUUUUUAUUUUUGUCAGUGUCAGCUUGAUCAUCAUAAAGUUUGAAAUUAGAAAAACUUGUCUUCCUUAAAACUAAUGAAUAGGAAGAGAUAAGGCUAACUGUUGAAGUUGAAAAAUUUGUGAUGACUAUGUUUGACAGAAAGACAAGGAGAUUAAGAUUUCAGUUCAGCGAGAACAUAUUUGAAUUUUAGGCAUUGCUUUUUUAGUCUUCUGAGUAAUGUCUGGUAGUCUGAUUUAUUUUUUUCUAAUGUUACCAUUUUGCAAUUAGUAAAAAUUAGUUUCAAAAAAUGAAUCCUUUGCUUUAAAAACUUCCAUUUGGUUUUUAUCCCUUUUUGCCAAAAAAAAGAAGAAUGUCCUCUGACCCUUAAAAAAAAUCCCAAAAUUGCAUAUUUCAAACUCAGUUGAUCCUUUGAUGUACCUGUUACUCUGAAUCUUGAUUGUUUGCAUCUGGGUCACUUUUAUUCCUGGGUACCCCCCUGGAUUUCAAUAACAUUUAGAGAACACCCAGUUGUAAGAAGACAUUCAGCAGACAUUAUCUCAAUGAGCUUGUAUUCUUGUAUAGCUUGACAAGAAAUUUUAGUUUCAUUUUACUGACUGAAUCACUUCUGAAGAUUACAUUUCUUUAUAUUUCUGAUAACUUAUUAUCUAGUAUGUUAUGUGUUACUCUAUGUACCAAAACUGAUCAUGUCUCACGGUUUGGCCACAAAUCUCUCUGCCAUGUUUGGUGUUAACAAUUAACGACUGGUAAGUUUAAGCAAUCCACUUAAUAAUUAGUAUCCUGCAGGUGCCCUGUACAAAGGAGACACCAGUAAUUUUUGUUGGUUUACUGCUUGAUACAUGCGUCACUGUAUUUAAAAUUAAUUUUUUUGAUUGAUAGCUUGAAGAAGAUAAAGUAAUUGAGCUUGUGGAGAAAUCCUGCAAUCCAGAGAAAGAGGAAGGAAGUUGGAUUUCAAAAAUAGACCUUGUGGAAAAGGAUGGAGAGUUAAGACUUUCUGAGCAAACUGAUGUUGGAAAAUGCAAAAGAGAAUGUCAGACUGUUUCAAAGGCUUGUGAGGAGUCUGUUGGAGAUGUAGACACAGAUCUGGCAGAAUUGCUAUGGAAAGACAAAUUAACUUUAUCUAGACUGAUCAAUGAAGUUUGCUACUCCAUGUCAAGUGUAUGCAAAGGAAAGAAACCAAAGCUGAAGGCUGGAGAAAGAAAAGUUGAUGAAGAGUUUCAUGUGAUGACUGAAGAUGAAAAGAAGGCAGAUGAAGUUCUAAAACAAAUGAGGUAAGGAGUUUUUAAAGAUUUGAUACCAGAGUGUUGUGUCAAUAUUGAUUAUUUGCUAUAUUUUAGGAUGUUGUUAUAGUCAGAGAUAUUUCCAAAUGUGAAAAAAAACUUAUUGAUUAACCCCAACUUGUUCAAUUAAUAAAUAAUUGAAUGGAUUUUGUAGAAAUAUAAAAGAUAAAGUAUUAUCACUUCAUCAGGCAUUUUGGCACAUUUUACAGGCUUAAAUAGAGAUUGUGGUAUUUCAGCUCCCUCUCACACUUGCAUGAUUGUUCAGACUGUUUUGUUGUCCCUUUUCCAGUUUAUAUUUUCCUAAUGUCCUCCAUUGUUGGCCCAAAAAGUUUGUGUGGUUGGGCAUAUUUAUUUUUGCAAACAUAAACAAUAUUUUUCUAUUCCUUCUUUUUUUCCUCAGGGGAAUGCCUGGAAUGCCAGGCAUGGAGAUGUACUCCAGGGAGGACAUAGAAAAGAUGAGAGACCAGCUUGGUGAUCACAGAAAAGAAAAUGAUGAGGGUGAAGAAGUGUUGGACAGUGAAGGAAACCUUUUUCAUGGAGAAGGAGUUAGCUUCCUGCAAACAGUUAUGAAUGGACUAUCAUGGCUCUGGUCCUGGCUAAAGAACCUCGUUGGUUUCAGAAAUAGCUUGUCAGGAGAAUUAUGACAUCACAGCAUAUUGUUUAGGGGUUGUGAUAUUAGAGCAAACAUCUUUGUCAAAUCUGAUUUGUUUAAGCUAGGAAAUUUGGAAAAAUAUAUUUAGCACUCAAAGCUCUAAAAGUUUUGGUGGCUAUAGUAGGAAAAAGUAAUUUUGGGAACUAAAUUUUUUGUAAAAGUGGCCAAUUUGGCAGGCGAUUCAGGUGAUAUGAGUGCGCAUCCUAAAUUGAUGGCCAGCCAAAUUGCCAGUGGUCUUGAUUGUUUCAAAGAAAAGUGAUCUGGUCAGUGGUAUUAAGUACAGGUAAUUCAUGUGAUACUGCACCAAUUGUCCUUUGCCAUUCAUCGCUCUCCCUGCCUAAACUCUUAUUUCUGGAGGCCACUUUCUAAGUUAAAGUUUUCAAAUAGUGACUAUCAAGAAAAGUUGAGCUUGGAGCCCUGAUGUUAGAUGUAAGAGGUUGAAUGGUAGUAGUGAUAGUAAAAUUGUUAUAAGUUGGUAAGUUUGAAUGAGGUGGUCACCAAUGCCACUGAAAAUUGUAAACAGAAUUUUAAUAAUAGUUGCUAAAUAUGCAUUAAACUUUAAAUAUAUUCAAUUUUCCUCCUCUAAAAAUCUCUUUAGACAUGAAACAUCCAUCAUUUUUGUUGCAUUUUCAUCCACUUGAUUUAUUGGUAGUUGUUAAAGAAUAGGAAUAUGUGUAAGCAUGGAUGCAUCUUAAAACUCUGCAUUGUCGUAUUCUUUACUGAGCUAAAAAAUUUAGGAAUUGAGUUUUAAACAGUCAAACUGUUUCAUGUUGUGACUGAUUCAGAAACAUCUAAUUCCUACCGUGUUUCCCUCUUGAAAAUGCUUGUUUAUGGGAUUUCCAUAUUCUUUUGGAUCACCAUCUAGAAUGUAAGCAAAGCAGGAGCCAAAUAGGAUCAAACAAAAGGGGGACACCAGAGGGUGGGGCUCUGCAUUGCUCUUGCACUUCACAUUCAUUCUUAGGAGCAUGUGUCAAGAUUCCUCUUGUAGAGAAAUUUGAAAUGUAAUGGUUGUGGAGAUGCUGAGUGUGACCUAUAUCUGUUAGGUCACUGAUAAGUUUUAAUUUCCAAAAAUAUAUACUGUUAGGUUUUGUGGAAGGACUUGCUAAGGAAUGCUGAAAAACCAUGUAGAAAAAUUUUUUAUUGAAAUGCAAGCUAUGUAUGGACUCAUUCUAUUGAUGCAACCAUAACUUUCAAUCUGAACUACUUUCCUGCCCCAUUGCAUUGUCACUAUUUGUUCACCAAGUGAAUUUUGAAACUGGUUUAUAAUUUAUCGCCAACUGGCAAUUCUAAUUUUUGGAAUUAAUCUGGAGUUAAAAGUCUGAAAUUAAAAAUAAGGAAUGUGAUACAUGCUUUGAAUUGAUAACUUUGUGUGUUAGUUAACUGGUUUGAAUUCUCACUGAAGAAGAGGAAUAGCUGACUGCCAAGACUGAUGUGAGAUGAAAGCAAACUUUGCUGCUGUUGGUGCUCUCCUGUAACCUUGAAUGACAUUUUUCAAAAGGACACUUCAUCCUUUCCACCCUAAUAUCAGUUUGCUUAUUCUCCAUACUGUUCUCUCUACAUUUCCUAAGGUGCUGACAAGGAGAAUUUGUUUAACAAUCAAGAACUUCUUUGGCUGAUGAUCAUUUUCUUUAUUCUCAUGACCUUCAUAUGUGAUUCAGGGGUGAUACUGUAAGAAGAAAUUAGAAGCUAGUCACCCUUAGGGGCUAAAGGAUUGAGGUGUCAUAGGGUAUCAAAAAAUGGGUACAGAAUUAUUCAGCCAAAAUUCGUUGACCUUGGCUGUCCUUUUUUUCUCCCAGUACAGCACUUGACACUAUUAUCCUAGCCUGUCAGUUCAUUUCAUGAAAACCCUUGAUCCUUUCUUCAAGCAGAAUUUAUCUGUACAACCAAUUGCAACAAUGUUGAGACACCUUGUACAAAAUGUGUUUAUGGACUCCUAGGAUGACCGAGAAGAAAUUUUUUGCCAAAAAAUGGUCCCCCUUCCCUGAUUCAAAGUUGUUCAUCUAAUUUUUGUACAUGAUACUGUGUAAGUAGCCAGCAUUAUUUCAAAGGCAGGGCUUCAUGGGGUAGGGGUUACAUGUAGAGAUUAUGUUACAUGGCAAGGUGAUCAAUUUUCUCUUGUAAGCUACAUGUCUCAACUUUUGCAACUAGUUGUUACUAGCCUUUGAUGCUGUGUGUAGACACUUUGCCUGGUCUCAUUGUACCUCAUUAUACCUAUUUCUAUCAAGGUUGGGAUUUAAAGUGGAAUCCAGGAGUCCCUUCCUUAGUUUACCUUUCCAAAUUUGAAUUGGAUAAUUUACAGUAGAAGAAAAAUAGGUAAGGCAUACAUAGAUUGUUUUUUGUUAAAAGAAGAAGAAAAAAAAAACUAUUCACAUCGAUUGUGCAACGCUUUUUUCUUUUUCGGUGAUUAUUGAAAUUCAUCGUAAAUGAAAUAACUGCAAGCUCUCCGUGAAUUUCCCCACUUACCCCUCCCUCCUAAAAUUUUGUAAAUGGAAAACCUUGAGCCCGCAACAGUAACUCCAGUGGAUUGCUUAAUACUUGUUAUUUACGUCGUGUAAAUUAUUGCACAUUUUACGUCGUGUGCUGCAUGGUGUAUCGCAUGUGCAUUUGAUACUUAGUGAUCAUGAAAUCGGCGUUAAAAUGGCCGUUACAGAUGGCAGUUAUGGACAAACUAUCCUGGAGAUUACAAAGUACUUUCCUUAUUGGCUUGAUCGGUCUCUCAAGUAAAAUAUUUCUAGGUGAGUGUUGGCAGAGAGUUGUCCGGUCGCCUUUAGAGAAGACUUGGGCGUUUCGUUAGUGUCAAACUCAUUGAAUUUUAUCCAUCGUAUCAAAAUCAACAGGUCUUAAAGAUGUGAAAUGACAAACACUAUUGAUUUAUAGAAAUCUGAACUCAGAAUUAUGCCAGAACAGUAAGCUUAAGUGAACUAAAUACAAAUAUUGGGAAGCCUCUAGAUUAUUCGGCCAUCGAAAGUCAUGCAUAGAUGUGCAGCUUUCUUGUCAUUAAUUGCUCUCUUCAAAAACGUGCAUGAUACAGGUACAUGUAAUAUACUCUCGGCGUGAAAAAUAUACCAUUUAUAUAAAUGUGUAUUUAAAACUUUGUAGACUAAUAUUUGUUUGCAGAUGAUUUGACAGCCUCGUGUUUUUUGCUUUUUUGUAGAAUGGUUUAACUCAGUUCGAAAGUACAAUUUCGAUGUUUUGGUGAGGAAUGCUAAAGACAGGCCAGAUGGGGUUCCAUUAGUUACAGUGUGUAACCAUACAUCUUGCCUUGAUGAUCCAUGCUUGUGGGGUAAGUAGUCACAUCAUUUGAGGGUUUGUGGUUGAAUCUCUUAUAAGCCAAGUAAUACCCUCUAAAUAUAUUUGUACAGAGUAUGCCCCUUGAAGAAAGUAAGAAGAGCAAUCUAUUUGUAAAAGGUCUUGCACCUAACUUUCAUGUUUCUUUAUGUAGGGCUUAUACAACUAAAAAGUGUUCUUAACCCAAGCAAACAGAUUCGAUGGUGAGUGUUCCAAAUAGUUGACAUCUCAAUUUCUUAGGGUCUGCCAGAAUUGAUAUACUUGAGACAAGAGUUGCCUAAUGGUUACCGCAGUGAACUUGUAACAUGCUUAAGUGGGAGCCCCAACAUUGUGAUUGUGUUGUGUUCUGGAGAGAGACUCUUUACUCUCACAAUGGCUCCACCUGCCAGGAGUAUAAUCUGAUGGCAGAAAACUGUCAUAAAUACUAAAGAAAAGCUAAAGGAGGGAGGGUUAAUUGUGAUGUAUUGGGAAGAGUAGACAUACUCCUUGGCAAUGUUAUGCAACAGGAAAUGGUUAUGACUUCACUUUUGUCCACAUAAUCUUCUUAGUAUUGAACAGUAUUUAGGUGUAGUUUACUGACAGAAGCACUCUGUGUUCCUCAGGACUCUUGGUGCUCAAGAACUUCUAUUUUCAACUCCUUUCCGUACUUUCUUGUUUAGCAGAGCAAAGGUAUGAUGAUGAAAGUGAAUGGCUUAAGUCGCUAAUCAUUUACAUGACAUGUAUAGAAUUUAAUAGCAUGAGGCCAGAUCUGUUACUUUGUAGACAAAAAGAAGGCAUAUAAACCUGUAUAACAGAUAGCAUGUGUGAAGCAAAAUACUCUUCAUGUACUCUAAGUUGGAUUUGUGUAACGGCUUUAUCUGUUAGUUUGAUCAAAUAUUCUCCUCUCUGAGCUCAGCAGUUUGAUAGACCAAGACCACAUCACAAUACCAGAACACAAAGCUCUCAGGGGCUCUUGGUGACUAGUGUGUGGGUUCUUUAGUGUUCCCUGUAAACCCCAUGGUAUUGUAGGUAAAGGAGAAAGAGCCUACAUAUAUUUUUUGUUUUUUGAUAAGACCAUCAAUAUUGUCUUUUAGAAACAAAUGUACAUGUAAAGAGUGAUAAAUCUCCUUAAUUAUUUUUAUGACUCUAGGUGUUAGUCUAGUCAGAGGUUUGAACCCGCAAUCAGCGGUCUGUUAACCUAGAAUUUAUUUUUAUUUAUUUAUUUUCACUUAUUUUUGUCUACUACUAGGCAAUUCCUGUCAUCAGAGGUAAGCCAUUCCUUCACUUUGAUUGUUGUUCAAAAUUUCACAUGUUAAGUUUGCUUUUCUUUAUGGGCAUUUAGUUCAAUGUUAUAAAUACUUUGCACUUAAGAUCAAACUUUCCAAGUUUGAUCUGAGUGGUUAGAAAUUAAAGGUGUAUCAGACAAAACUUGUGACAGUCCAAAUACUACCUUGGGUAGUGAUUGAUGGUAGUGAUGAGUUUCCAGGGUAGUAUGGCAAAAUUCAAGAAAGUUCUGUCAGUCAUUUAACCUGCCUAGAUGAGGUGCAGAGGUCUAACUUAAAGUAUUAUUAUCCAUCAGGUGAUGGUAUUUUUCAGAAAGGAGUGGAUGUUGCUAUCGAACAAUUGAAUAAAGGAGAAUGGAUUCAUGUUUUUCCUGAAGGUAACCAAUUAAAGCUAAAGAGCUUACAAUUUAGGAAUCUUAGUAGAGUUAUCAGAAAAUCGAAUUUUUCUAACUUGUGAUAUCAAAGAUUGAUUAAAACACAAUAGUUGGUAUGCAUGUAAGCAGGGAUUUCAAUAAAAUCCAGUUACCAGUGGUGUUCAGCUGCCUGUAAGACUACUACUAUGGAAAAGAGGGUUAGUUCUUCGGACAAAUUCAUGUCAGCAGUACCAUUAGUUGUGUUUGGAAAACAGUGUGGAGAACAAUUUUGUAUGCUGCUAUUAUUGCUUAACCCUUUAACUUCCUUGAGUGACCAAGACAGAAUUUCUCCUUACAACAUCAAUACAAUAUUAAACAGAUAAGUGAUGAGAAUAAAGAAAAACAUCAAUUUGGGGAUAAUUUGUUGAUCCAAUACUAAAUUCUCUGAACUAAAAUUAUAAGAAUUGUAUGGUUGACAGUGAGGAGAAUGACAAAUUUGAUCUGGGAGUUAAAGGGUUAAGGGAUAGAGUCAUCAUUUAUCACACCAUUUACUAUCCAAGCUUUUUUUUUCUUUCAAGCAAAGUUUUAAGCCUGAAUUGUCAACUAGUGUCAGUGAUUUUCCUUUAAACUGUCAUUUAGAGGUUGUUGACCUUUACUGACUGAGUUGUUUCAAUGUGAUACUUGUUUUUAACUUGUGAGUAACAUCUUCAUUCCUUCAUUCAUUUUAGGUGCUGUUAACAUAAAUGAUUCUAUCAAGAGACUUAAAUGGGGUAGGUGCAGGUAUCUAUAAGACAUUUGUAUAGUGUUGGGAUUGAAUGGUCUGCAAAUAUUUUGAGUUACUUAGGAAAUAUUGAUCCAGCUUUUUACAUCCCUGAGAAACAUUCUCUCACCCCAUUUUCUAUCAGCUUUCUUUCCUAAAUCUUUUACUCCAGUAAUGAGAGUUUAUUCUGUCAGGUGUUGGGCGGCUAAUUGCAGAGGCACAAGUAACACCAAUUGUUGUCCCAUUCUGGCAUGAAGGUAAAGUAAAAUGUUGAAAACUUGGGAACUUAUUUUGAAAGUCAUGGUGAUGGUGAUGGUUUGUAUAUUCUCUUGAACAUUUUGCCCUGGUGCAGUUUUUCAAAGACUCUAUACCCCUAUAUUGGGUGAAAUGUUAUGGUGCUCAGCUAUACCAACCACCAGAAUGUGCCACCUGCUAUGUUGUGAAAAUAUUCACAACUAUCUUGUCUGUUUUUGUUGUAAGAAACAGCUCUGCACAUUGCACCCUUUCACUUAGGUCAGUUGAGAAUUUAGAAAUAUGAAAUGCUAGAAUGCUGCACUUCUCUAGAGUACUGUUGAUUUUUUAAAAACUCAUGUUCAGAAAAUUGCUUGUUUGUAUCAUUUUCUUUUCUUUUCUCUUUCUUUUUUUUCAAGACACUAAUAACAAUUUGUAGAAUAUGAACCUCUUGGGCUUUAUAACUUUAAUUUGCAAAGGACCCUUCAGUGUUAACAGUGCUCCUUGUCUUUUUGUAGGAAUGGAUGAUGUUUUACCUAAUUAUAGUCCCUACAUUCCAAGAAUAAUGAGGGUUGGUUUCUAUUUUGGUGUAGACUGACUGACUGACUGACAGACUGACUGAUACCCUGACUCAUCAAUUGAUUGAUUGAUUGAUUGAUUGACUAAUGGCUUGACUGACUGAGUGACUGCCUGACUGAUUAGCUAACUGACUUACUGGCUGACAGACUGACUGAGUAACUGCCUGACUGACUGGCCAACUGACUCGCUGGCUGACAGAGUGAUUGCCUGACUGAUUGGUUUAUUGAUUUGCUGGCUGACAGACUGAAUAAGCGACUGCCUGACCGAUUGGUUCACUGAUUUGCUGGCUGACAGACCAACUGAGUGACUGCUUGACUGAUUGAGCGACUGACUUGCUGGGUGGCUGACAGACUGACCAAGAAACUGCCUGACUGAUUGGUUAACUCAUUUGCUGGCUGACAGACUGACUGUGUAACUGCCUGGCUGACUGGCCAACUUAGUCGCUGGCUGACAGACUGACUAAGUGACUGGCAGACUGAUUGAGCUACUGACUUGCUGGCUGACAGACUGACUAAGUGACCGUCAGACUGAUUUAGAAACUGACUUGCCGGCCGACAGACUGACUUAGUGACCAUCAGACUGAUUGAGAAACUGACUUGCCAGCUGACUGAGUGACUGACUCACUGAGGCAAGGAGGGACAAAUUGAUGGACUGACCCAUUGGCUGACUGACAGACUGAUUGACUGACGAACUGAUUUUGGGAUUUGCUUAUUUAGCAACGUAUUGACUGACAGAGUAAGUCAUGAUUGAGUUGAUAAUUAAUUUAAUUAAUUGACUGAUGUACCCACUGACUUACAAACUGACCAACCAACCAGUUGAAUCAACAACUGUGUGGUUGAUUAAUCAAUUGACUGGCUAUAAAGAUUAAAGGAAUGUUUUCUCACGAGAGACCACUGGAUCUGAGAAUGAGCACUAUUGAUAGAAAAGUCUAUGGUUAAGAAGUUUAGGUUUAAGCCCUGAUUGUGUAGCAUUCUUGGGUAAGACUCUCUAAUCUUACACAUCCACCCUUCGCCCAAGAAUAUAAUUAAGGAAACUUGCUUGGAUAGUGGCUACAAACGAUGGAAUGUCACCUCUUAACGGAGUAGCGAUUGGAUUCUUCAUGCUUAACAUGCCGAAAUAUGCUCUCAUCGCUUACCCUUCGGUAGUUACAUUGUAGCUAAGCCUACAAAAUUUUACGUUUCACAAUAGAGAGUCACAGUGCUCAUAGGAGAACCAAUGGAGUUCACGGAGACUGUAGAAGAGUACCGAAAAGCCAAGAAAACUGCGGUAAGUUUCGAGUGAGAUAUUAUCAUUAUUAUCAGUUUGUUAGACGCCAAGUAAUGCAUGGGGUACCAACAAGCUUUCUACAAUCCUUGCCAAGGACGGCUAGCCGCAAAUUUUAAACCCCUUUCCAGUUUUGUGGAAACAGUCUACCAUCCUCUCUAUACAGUAAAUGGUUUUAACCCAGGGGUAACAUGUAAUAGUGUGGUUUGAUCGUCCGGGUGAGGGUAGUCCUGAGAAGGAUUGUUGUCGGUAGUGGUGACUGACGUUUUGACAACCUGAGCGGAUGUCAUCAUCAGAGUUAUUGGCUGUAAGACUUAUAGUCUUUAACAGCCAACAUCACGGCAAAACUGACCAAUCAGUUUAUACCAACCGGACUAAGAACAUUCUAUAGACAACAACAAUUCACUUGAUUCUGAUGAUGACUUCCGCUCAGGUUGUCAAAACGAUAACAAUCCUACUCAGGACUACACUCACCCGGACGAUCAAACUACACUGUUACAUCCUCUCUAUGUUGAAAUUUUUUCUUGUGGUCCAAUUUUUUUGUUAUGACAUUUACAAGGGGUAGAGGGACAAAUGGGAAGAAGUUUGUUCGUCCCAGUUAAGGUUCUAAUGAGUCUGGGGUCCUGCUUCGGCAUUACACCUCUUGGAGGAGUAAGGAUGGUUCGUUUCCUUAUUACCCCCUGGUGUCGAUCUGAGGGAAAGGUAAGACACGUUUCUGGUUUUCCCCAUGGAGGGUGCCCGGUCACAUUGUGUACGUGGCAACUCGCCCACGCUUUGGUCGACUCGCCUUCGUCUUUGGUUAACUCGCCGUCGUCCUUAUUUGUCAACUGGGCAAUGACACGUUAUUUAAUUAAUGAGGGUUGAUCGUGGACGUUGGCGAUUUGUUCUUAGGUGUGUUGACACUAGGGCAAAGUGAACUGUUUAACUUUGGAGUUAUCUUUUUCUUGCAAGUUUGAAAAGCUCAUUGUUAAAAAUAUUUCUCUUCGUUCAUUUCAGAUGGAGACAAGAAAACACAUCACUGAUAAGAUACAGGAGCGGUUUAAGGAGCUUAAGGAAGAAACACGGCUUCUGCACAGCAAAUGGAGAUAACCUCUUACCAAUAUGUUUAGAUAUUUGAAAUGCUUUCGGUGCUAAUUUAUGUGACAAUAUUAACCCUUUAACUCCCAUGAUCUGAUUGCUAAUUCUCCCCUCUAGCUGCUACACAUCUCCUUGUGAAUUAGUUACGAGAAGUUGGUGUUGGACCAAGACAACUCCCGCCUGAUCCGCUCGAGUAUUCUCAUCACCUCUUUUUACUGGAUAAUGUAUGAGUGUAACUGGGAGAAGUUAAAUGUUAAUCACUUCUGAGAGUUUUAAAAGGGUUAAGGGGCCUCUGUCAAUGUGACUCGCCGUAAAAUUAAAAAUAAAAUCACGAUGAAAAUUGCUCCAGCUUGCAAACGUCUGCCAAAAACGCUUUGUAGUGUCAUUACAAAUUCUUCUCUAUGCUCGAAUCAUUGAGAUUACAUGUUCCUUAUCUUUCCAGCGCAAAAAGGGACGGAAAACUGAUAGCAUGAUGUUUCGGGGGACGAUUUGUUUCUUCCGCUUUUCGGACUAAGGAAAAAAAAAUGGAACGACUGAUCGCUGUUUGCUCUGUCAGUGAAAUAGACACAUUUCUUUCCUAGUUUUUUUUCCGCCCAUUUGUAAAUUCGGAUUUCUUUGGAGGUAAAACACAGUAUGAUUAUUUCAAGUUGUUAAUUAAAGGAACAAAACUCAUAUGGCUUGUGGUAAUAUGAUAAAUGUCCCCUUUUCUGCCCAUACGGGGUUUUCACCACUUCGAGCCAAACGUGCUUGGUUUACUGUCAUAUUUGACAAGAUGGGGCGCUGUGGUCAUCCAGAGGUAUUAGAGGGUUACCUUUCUGUCUUACGACGCGUUGAACUCGCCAACAAUACAACAGUACAGCUUUGUAUUGAUCUCGGGAUACAAAGAGUUAUGUUCUUUGGGCCAUUCGAAGAUUUCUUUACUUUGGGCAAAAUAGAAAAUCUAGAUGAAUUUACUGACUUUCUUAAAAGUACUUGGAGUCUCUUCUUUAGAUAUAUGUGGAAAUUCUUUUAAAGCACA